UUUUUGUUAAUAUUGGGCUCCAAAAACAGUCACAAUUGGCAAAACAGAAACUGUAGAAACCGUGUAAAUAUUCCAAGCAAAAGCGCCAAUAUCGCAAUUUAGCUUAAAAGAAAGCCGGGGUUGCAAUCCGAUCCGGUCUGUCGAUCUUACGGCAACACGAAGACAAGCAAAAUCCACAGUGACACUGCUGCUUCUUCUUCUUCUUCUUUACCCACUCACCAAAAUGUCCCUGAGAUCUCUACCCUCUAAACCCAAAACCCUUCACUCUAUCUUCCACUCUCUUCUCUCACCCUCCAAACCCAACACUCACCGCCACCCCUUCUCUUCUCUCACCCACCACAACCCGCCAUCUCCACCAUCACCGCACCUGGUAAGCGAGUUCUCCCGCAUCCUCAGCGACCACAGGAACCCUCACCACGACUUGGAGCUCUCCCUCAACGCUCUGUCUACCCAAAUCUCCACAGACUUGGUUGAGCAAGUUCUGAAACGCUGCAAAAAUCUCGGGCUUUCUGCACACAGAUUCUUUCUUUGGGCUAAAGCAAUUCCGGGUUUUCGACAUAGUGCUGAAAGCUAUCACAUUUUGAUUGACAUUUUAGGAAGUAGCAAGCAAUAUGCUGUGUUGUGGGAUUUCCUCAUAGAAGUGAGAGAGUCCAAGUGUUGUGAGAUUGGCCCGGAAAUUUUCUGGCUUAUUUUUCGGGUUUAUAGUAGAGCUAAUUUGCCUCGCGAUGCCAUUCGAGCUUUAAAUCGAAUGGUUGAGUUUGGUAUUAAGCCCAGUGUUCAUGAUCUUGAUCAGCUUCUUUACACAUUAUGUAAAAGAAAGCAUGUCAAGUAUGCCCAUGAAUUUUUUGAUAAAGUUAAGAGUGGGUUUGAGUUGAAUGCGAAAACUUAUAGUAUUUUGAUGAGAGGUUGGGGAGACGUUGGUGAUUCGGAUGAAGCACGUAAGCUGUUUGAUGAAAUGACUGAACGAGGAUGUUUGGUUGAUGUGCCUGCGUAUAAUAGUUAUUUGGAGGCUCUGUGUAAAGGUGGGAAAGUUGACGAGGCGUAUAAGAUAUUUCGGGAGAUGGGGUCGAAUGGAGUUGUACCGGAUGCUUGUACCUAUUCGAUUUUCAUUCGUGCUUAUUGUGAGGUGGAUGAUAUUCAUUCAGUUUUUAGGGUGCUUGAUAGGAUGAGGAGAUAUAAUCUUUUGCCCAAUGUGUAUACUUACAAUUGUGUUAUCAAGAAAUUGUGUAAGAACGAAAAGGUGGAAGAGGCUUACCAACUUUUGGAUGAAAUGAUUGAGAGGAGUGUUAUGCCGGAUACGUGGAGUUACAAUGCAAUCCAGGCUUAUCAUUGUGAUCACUGCGAGGUUAAUGGGUCUCUCAGGCUGUUAUCUAGAAUGGAAACAGACAACUGCAUGCCCGAUCGACAUACUUACAAUAUGGUGCUUAAGUUGCUAAUCAGGAUAGGAAGAUUUGAUAGGGCAACUGAAGUUUGGGAGAGUAUGGGGAAGAGAGGAUUUUAUCCUUCUGUUUCAACAUACUCUGUCAUGAUUCAUGGCUUAUGCAAGAAGAAACGUAAACUAGAGGAGGCUUGUAAAUACUUUGAGAUAAUGAUCGAUGAAGGUAUACCGCCAUACUCUUCUACUGUUGAGAUGCUGAGUAACCGGAUUAGGGGCUUGGGGCUCCUCGACCAUAUUGAGAUACUUGCAAGUAAGAUGGAACAAAGCACUUCUUGCUCAAUACAAGAGUUGGCAAACUUGAUGAGAGGUAAUAAAGCUUAUGUAGCAUCGAGAAGUGUAGAGAGUGACUUUGAAAGUGACUGAUGAACCAAAGGUCGAGUAUUGGAUGAAUUGUAAGAGUUAUACGCAACAGUACGAUGAAGUGGAACUCUCUGCUUUGGGAAUGGGUAUGACAUUUCCGCUGCUUCCAUCCAUUAUUCAUUGAACUUAUAAGUCUCCAAUGUGAAGAUAUCUGGGUGUUGUAUUGUGUGCCAUAUCAAUGUAUCUGGUUGGACAUUACUCUGAAUCAUGGAAACAUUGAGGUUCCUAACUACGUACUGGAAGAUAACUGAAAUUUAGUGUAAUUUGUUUGUAUAUGUGUUCGAUUGCGUUCACUCAAUUCGACAAGUUGAGCUACUAGUUUCUGUA